CGCGCGUUCUUUGCGUGCUGAGGCCGGAGCCGGUGGGCCAGCGUGGUCCGGAGCAACCUGGUCACCCGUUCCUCUCUGCCCCGCCCUUCUCAGGCUGGGUGGCAGCGAGCCGGAGACUCGGCCCUGGAAGACGGCCGUUACUGAGUGCAGACGGUGCAGAAAAGAAAUUGUAUCUCGUUUAAAAGUGAUGAUGGUUUCCGGCCUUACGUAGACUGGCGGGUGUAUCGCACGGGGUCCGCGGGACUGAGCCUAAGCCGGAGGCUUACUUUGAACUCUGCCCUGGAAUCUUGGGUGACGGUCUGCUCCUGGAGUGUCCUUUAAUCUCUCCUAGCUGCGCUUUAUGCUUCAGAAACUGAGCGGGGGAUUCAAGACUCUGUGAGGAUUACAUUUUCCCCCUGGCAGUGUUGACAUCCGAAGCUGGGAGAAAACCGUAUUCACAGAGUUUGUGCCAGCGUCCCCAGGGUCCUGAACCUCUCUCAUCUUUACAGCCACCAGCAGGAGAGACCAGGAUGAAUGCAGAGCCUGGGAAGAAAUUUGGUGUGGUAGUGGUUGGUGUUGGCAGAGCCGGCUCCGUGAGGAUACGGGACUUGAAGGAUCCACACUCGUUAGCUUUCCUGAACCUGAUUGGUUUUGUGUCCAGACGAGAACUUGGAAGCCUCGAUGAAGUACGGCAGAUUUCUUUGGAAGACGCCCUCAGCAGCCAGGAGAUUGAUGUCGCCUACAUCUGCAGUGAGAGUUCCAGCCACGAAGACUACAUAAGGCAGUUUCUUCAGGCCGGCAAGCAUGUCCUCGUGGAAUACCCCAUGACCUUGUCUUUUGCAGCGGCCCAGGAGCUAUGGGAGCUGGCUGCACAGAAAGGGAAAGUCCUGCAUGAGGAGCAUUUGGAACUCUUGAUGGAAGAAUUUGCAUUCCUGAAAAAGGAAGUGAUGGGGAAAGAGCUGCUGAAAGGGUCUCUUCACUUCACAGCUAGCCCACUGGACGAAGAGAAAUUUGGCUUUCCCGCAUUCAGUGGCAUUUCUCGCCUGACCUGGCUAGUGUGCCUCUUUGGGGAGCUUUCUCUUAUUUCUGCCACCUUGGAAGACCGAAAAGAAGAUCAGUAUCUGAAAAUGACUGUGCAACUCGAGACCCAGAGCAAGGGGACGUUGUGCUGGAUUGAAGAGAAAGCGCCCGGUUUAAAAAGAAACAGAUAUUUAAAUUUCCAAUUCAAAUCUGGGUCCCUGGAGAAUGUACCAAAUGUAGGGAUCAAUAAGAAAAUUUUUCUGAAAGAUCAGGAUCUAUUUAUUCAGAAACUCUUGGGCCAGGUGUCUGCAGAGGACCUGGCUGCUGAGAAGAAGCGGAUCAUGCAUUGCCUGGGUCUGGCCGAUCACAUCCAGAAACUCUGCCGUCCUGAGAAGUGAGGAGGAAGCUCCGAAUACCUGAGAAGGGCUAGGGUUUGGUUUUAUCAACACUUCAUCUAUAGCUCUUACAGUUAAAUACAUUGAAUAAACAGAACGAGAGAAGUGUCAUGAACUUCUCUUGUGUUGGG